ACCAAUAUGGUGAACAGUAAUGCAGAAGUUUCACUCGCUAAUCUCGGGAUGUACCUAUUGGAUGUUACAUUAAAGAGAGGAACUAACUUAGCAGCUCGCGAUCGAGGAGGGACAAGUGAUCCGUAUGUCAAGUUCAAGAUUGGAGGGAAAGAAGUUUUUCGAAGUAAAACAAUACACAAGAACCUUUACCCUGUUUGGGAAGAAAAAGUUUCCCUGCUCAUUGACAAUCUGAAGGAACCUUUAUAUGUCAAGGUAUUCGAUUAUGAUUUUGGCCUGCAGGAUGAUUUUAUGGGCUCCGCAUUUCUUGAUCUUGCAACUUUAGAACUGCAAAGUGCAAAAGAAGUGGCAUUAAACCUGAAGGAUCCACAGCACCCUGAUCAUGUAUUGGGAACCAUAUAUUUUUCAGUCUUCCUGUCUCAGAAAGACAGCGUCAGCAUGGAGUCGACAACUAUAAUUAAGAAGAAUUGGAAACGAUCAAGUAAGUUUCAGACCCAGAGUUUAAGAAUACCAGAGCUGCACCGAAAAUCCCACUUUUGGAGAGGAGUUGUGAGCAUCACACUUAUUGAGGGGCAAGAUCUCAAAGCCAUGGAUGCUAAUGGACUAAGUGACCCUUAUGUAAAAUUCCGACUAGGACAUCAAAAAUACAAAAGCAAGACUCUUCCAAAGACCCUGAACCCUCAAUGGAGGGAGCAGUUUACCAUGCAUCUCUACGAGGAACAUGGAGGCGUAAUAGACAUCACAGUAUGGGAUAAAGAUGCAGGCAAGAGAGAUGACUUUAUUGGGAGGUGCCAGGUUGACCUGUCGGCCUUGAGCAAAGAACAAACUCACAAACUCAAGAUGAAUUUGGAAGAAGGGGAAGGUUGCCUGGUUCUGCUGGUGACUCUGACAGCCUCAUCCGCCAUCAGUGUCUCUGACCUCUCUGUCAGCUGCUUAGAGGAUCAAAAAGAGCGCAAGGAGAUUCUGCGGAGAUAUAGUCUUAUGCGAUCCUUUAGCAGUUUUAAUGAUGUGGGCUUCCUUCAAGUAAAAGUCAUAAGAGCAGAGGGAUUGAUGGCAGCUGAUGUCACUGGUAAAAGUGACCCAUUUUGUGUAGUUGAGUUGAACAAUGACAGACUGAUGACUCACACUGUGUACAAGAAGCUUAACCCCGAGUGGAAAAAAGUGUUCACAUUCAAUGUCAAUGAUAUGCACUCAGUCCUUGAAGUGACAGUUUAUGAUGAAGACCGAGACCGGAGUGCUGACUUCCUGGGCAAAGUUGCCAUACCCUUACUGUCUAUUCAAAAUGGUGAACAGAAAGCCUACGUCUUGAAAAACAAGCAACUGACAGGGCCAACAAAGGGGGUCAUCUAUCUUGAAAUAGAUGUGAUUUUCAAUGCUGUAAAAGCCAGCCUGGCUACGCUCAUGCCAAAAGAACAGAAAUACGUUGAAGAAGAACCCAGACUUUCUAAACAGUUACUGCUGAGGAACUUUAUCCGCAUGAAGCGUUGUGUCAUGGUGCUCAUCAAUGCUGCCUACUACAUUAACAGUUGCUUUGAUUGGGACUCACCCCAAAGGAGUCUUGCUGCUUUCUUGAUCUUCCUCAUUGUGGUCUGGAAUUUUGAGAUAUACAUGAUUCCAUUGGCACUUUUGCUAUUACUGGCUUGGAACUAUUUUCUAAUCAUAUCGGGGAAAGAUAACAGGACCCAGGAUAUGGUAAUGGAAGACAUGUUAGAGGACGAGGAGGAGGAGGAUGACAAAGAUGACAAGGACAGUGAGAAGAAAGGAUUCAUGAAUAAACUAUAUGCCAUUCAGGAGGUCUGCGUCAGUGUGCAGAAUGUGCUUGAAGAAGUGGCUUCUAUGGGUGAGAGGAUUAAAAACACAUUCAACUGGACGGUCCCAUUCCUAACCUGGCUGGCAAUUAUCGCCUUGUGUGUCCUAACGGCUGUGCUAUAUUUUAUCCCACUCAGAUACCUCGUCCUUCUGUGGGGAAUCAAUAAGUUUACAAAGAAAAUUCGAAGCCCCUACACAAUUGAUAAUAAUGAAAUUUUCGACUUCCUUACCAGAGUUCCAUCUGAUGUGCAGCUGGUGCAGUAUCAUGAACUGAAACCAGACCCCAGCCACAGUCCGAGCAAGCGGAAGAAAAAUAAUCUCGGUUAGCCAACGCUACACAUUACAGACAACAGCAUCUGCUCAUCCCAGAUAAAGGGAAGCCAUGUGGCCUCACAU